AUGGAUGUCUCCGAAAUUCUAGCUGCUCAUGUGGCGAAGCAGAAGCUUAUCACGGUCGAGAAAGACAUUCCCCUUGAGAUCGAUGCCGGGUUUUUGACUGUCACCGAUCUGAAUCCUGGUGAUGCUGAAAGUUAUGAUGAGAGCCUCGAAGAAUAUCUUCUCUCUACUGCCCGUGAUGGAGUUCAAGCCCUCGUCAGCUCCCUAUUUGCGCUACCAAUAACAUCUUCUGCCGAUGGCCCUCUCGCACGACUUCCUUCACCAACGACCCAGCUACCUAGAGCAAAACCUUUACCCAAGCCAAAGCCACUAACGAAGUGGGAGAAAUUUGCUAAAGCUAAAGGAAUACAAAAGCAGAGGAAAGACAAGAAAGUAUGGGAUGAGGAAAAACAGGAAUGGGUUGACAGAUGGGGGUGGAAAGGGGCAAACAAGCGGGAGGAGACCCAGUGGUUGUCGGAGGUACCUGCGAAUGCCGACGCAGAUUAUGAUCCCGCAAAAAUUGCACGCGGUGCUCGAAAAGAAAAGAUGGCGAAGAAUGAGCGACAACAUCAACAAAAUUUAGUCCGGGCUCAAGCGGCGAAUAUGAACUCGAGUACAUCGGAUAGAUUUGAGCACAAAAAGGGAAUAGACAGGACACUGGCUACUGCGCGGACGAGCACGGCGAGCAUGGGUCGAUUUGACAGGACACUAGACGGCGAGAAGAGGUUGAAGGGUCUAAAGCGGAAGUUUUCAGCCGCUGAGGUUUCUGCUACUGCAGAGAAGUCGCAAAAUCUAGCAAUACUCAAGAACCUGGAUCGUGAACCUAUUAUGAAGAAGGCUAAGUCAUCGAAAGAAGCUGGAGGGGACGUGCUCAAUAUCAGAAAGGCUAUCAGAUCAUACGAAUGCGAAGACGAAAAGGGGGAGAAGAUGAUCUUCAUCUCCGUCGUCCUAGCUUGA